GUCAUUCGAAUGUCAAUUUUAUUAUUUUCAUUUCACAAGCUGUCAGUCUAGCGACAAGUGUGUUGUGUAUUUUAAUUUAAAACCUGAAUGUUUACCGUUAGAAUUAUGCUGUUAACUGAUAGAAAAAAAUAAUAGAGUCAAGACAGUUUCUUUAUAAUGAUUUAUUACAUAUCAGGCUCUAAUAUCUUUGGCCAGUGGCUGUGUGACGAUAUUGUUUUAAGUGGAUUUCGUAUUUUUUCGCCAAGUAAAGAAUAUUUGGAUCUUAGUUUAUGUGCUAAUAAAGUUGUACAAAUCAACUGGUCUUAUAACAUAUUAGAGAACAAUGGGACAUAUUAUAUUUCUGGUGCUUGGGGAGGCAAAGAGCAACAACUUAUUAAAAUUCCUCUACCAACAGAGCAUACCACAGCUGAAAAAGAUGAAAUAAUUGUUAUUGGUAAUGAUUAUAAAGUGGUAAUGAUAAGUAAAAACCUUAAUUCAAUUUGGGUGUUUGACUUAUCCAAGGAAUUGGAUUUUAAAAGGAUUAAUUUAAAUGUUGAAGCACCGCUGGAGCACUCGAUUAAAAAACAGAAGCUAGAUAAGAGAAUAACUAAAGCUGUUGUAGCAAAUGAGUCUUGUUUAUAUCUGACAUCAGAAGGGAGUGUGUACAGUGGCAUGUUACCAAGUUAUGUGGACACUAGGCACUGUAAAGGAAAAAUAUGCGACAUUCAGUGCGGUUAUGAGCACUAUGUGCUUCUGACUGAUGAAGGCAAAGUUUACACUUGGGGCAAUGGGAGGAGACUUCAACUAGGUCAUGGUGACAUCAGUAAUCAGGAUAUUCCUACAGAAGUAGAUGCUCUGGCAGGGGUUACUAUUAUCAAAAUCAGUGCCAAUGGAUGGCACACACUAGCACUGAGCAUAUGUGGAGAUGUUUAUGCCUGGGGUUGGAAUGACACUGGCCAGUUGGGAAUAAAACAUUUAGAUAAGGAAUGUAAGGAAAGCUACUCAGUCCCUAAAUUAUUGGACCUCUUUGAUGUAAAUGGCAAAGAAGUGAUUAAAAAUAUAAAGGAUAUUUCCUGUGGAUCAAGGCAUUCAGCUAUACUGUUGGAAGAUAAUACAGUGUGGACUACUGGCUGUAACAAAUAUGGCCAGUUGGGAUUCUCAGAAGAAAAAUAUCCCACAGUCAAUUACUUUAAGAAGGCUUUUCAAUGUUAUGGGGACUGCUCCCUAAUGUGUGGACCAUGGAACACUGUGAUAAUUUCUAAUUAGUAGUGAAAGUAUGAGUUACCAAAGAACUGUAUAAUAACAA